AUGAAUAAAAACUCAUUAAUCAAAUAUUUUCAAGAAGUAAAUAAAUAUGCUAAAGAAUAUGCUGAUUUAACGUCAAAAAUCACAACAAUGUCGAAUCAAGAUGACAUAAUAAUAACAGAUGCUCAACAAACAAAAUCUCAAAGUCAACAAUCGUCGAAAAUGUUAACUGCAUCAUUGGAAAUAGCUCGAAAAUUCUUAGAAAAUCUUAAUUCAACGACACAAUUGAUGAAUACCAAGGACAUUAAACAGCUGCAAAUUUUAAUACAAAAAAUAAAAGAUGUGUUGAAGCUAGAAGUACAUGGAACAGAAAUUAUCAAAAAUGAUCCAAUGAAAUUAUUUUUGGAUUAUUAUUCUGAUUUAAUAAAAAUAUCGCUUAGUUCAUUAUGGAAUUCGAUUCAAAGUUGA